CCAUAAAAGUUUGUUUUGUUUUGAAUUCCUUCAUUCUCGCCCUGUUCUUUACAAUUUGUUGCAGUUUUACGUAAACGAUUGUUGGGAAUAAUAAAGAAUUUCCCAUAAUUAUGGCCAGACAUGCUUUAAUUGGUGGAGGCAGUGGUUUUAUAGGCUCUCGUUUGGUUAAACAUUUAGCCGGGCAGGGUUAUGAAGUCACUGUUGUCUCACGUAUGCCCGGCCUGAAACGCAUUACAUGGCAUCAAUUGGAAAAGGAUGGCGUGCCCAGUGGUGUUACAUCGGUAGUGAACUUAGCUGGUCAAAAUGUUUUGGAUCCUUCUCGCAGAUGGACAGCUGGUUUCAAACAAAAUGUAUGGAAUUCUCGCAUUAACUCAAGUGCAACCUUGGUCAAGGCCAUAGAAAAAUCGCAAGGCGUGCAAUCGUUUGUAAAUAUUUCGGGAGUAUCUCUAUACCGGCCCAAUGACAACAAGGUCUAUACGGAGGAGGAUAAGGGCGAAGAAUUUGAUUUUAUGUCUAAAUUGUGUAUAGAAUGGGAAAAGGCUGCUACUUUGCCAGAAAACUUGAGUUCUAAAACAAGAGGAGUAAAACUAAGAACCGGUGUUGUGGUGGGACGUGAAGGCGGCAUGAUAGAAAACAUAUGGAUGCCAUUUUUAUUAGGUUUAGGAGGACCUAUGGGUACGGGUAAACAAACUUUACCUUGGAUACAUUUAGAGGAUCUCUGUCGUUUAAUACAACACUGUCUAGAAUCGGACAAGUGUAAGGGACCGUUGAAUGCAGUGGCCCCUGAAAUUGUCACCAAUGGUCAAUUUUCAAAGACCUUUGCUUCAGCUUUAAGGCGACCAUGUCUGUUUCCCAUACCUUCAUUUGUAGUUGAUCUACUAUUUGGUAAGGAUCGUUCGGCUUUAUUGUUGACUGGGGCAAAAAUUCAACCUAAACGGACUUUAGAAACUGGAUUUGAAUUUAAAUAUCCCACUGCCAAGGCUGCCUGUGAAGAGGUGGUUAAAAAAUCUUAAACUGCAUGGCGAUAAUCUGCCAGAUUUUUUUGUUAACUAUUCUUUAUGUUUAAAGUAGAUUAUCUUAGUUAUAUUUGUUAAUUUAUUUAUCGCAAAUUUUUAUUAAAGCAUCGAAAUUGUUUUUGCAAAGCGAAAAAUUUGUAUUAUAUUUCGUUGAUUUUUAAUUGGAAAUAAAUAUUUUUAAAAUCGA